AUGGGUUAUGCAUUGCAAGAUUCGUUACCGUUGGAGGUAUUGAUUGCCUCUCUUGAAACUGGGACGGUACGGAGCGCAAAUCUCUCUUUGAUUCUGUCAGUUUUGUCCACCGAGUCCGCGAUAAAGACUGCUACAAAGUCUGAGUUGUCUCAUAUUUGUUCGAGAACUCUCAACUUGUUGAGGUCCAACGAAAAUGAUUUGAGAUGGGUGGGAUCAAAGCUAGCUGUUGUCCUAUCUCUACACCCGAACAUCACCUCAGAGCACGGAGCCAACAUCAUAAAUGCGCUCGUAAAGAUUCUAGAGAGUCAGUGCUAUAUUGAUAGUGAUAACCUGCACUCAAGCUUACCGUUACAGCAAUUGAUAACGUUGCAAUCCACAUGCGAAUGUCUAGACUUUAUUGUGGACAGGAUAAGAGGAAAGCCAACACUCACGAGAGAGAUCCUUACUCCUAGACUACCCAGUUGCAUAUCGGCGUUGGUCCAGUGUUUCCAAAUUUCGCCGGUCACCAUCAUACCGAUUCUCUACAAGAUGCUGUUACAUAACUCCACUACUUUCAGACCGUUUGGAGGAAAAUAUGAGACUAAACUGCUUAGUUUGUUUGAGAAUGAACAGAAUUUUGACAGAAUGCCCAAAUUAUUACAGCAGAGCGUCUGUAAAUCGAUUGUGCAGUUGUCAUAUGUUCUUACCAGAAACCAGCCUGAUGAAACAUGGAACGCUAAACUGAACGAUCUUAUUGCAGAGAUAAGCUCCACAAUCUCGAUCUACAAAGAUUUCUUGGAGCUGGAAAGUGACUCGUCUAUUGCAAGAAUGCUUUCCUCGCUGCCUACUCUUGGAGAAAAGUCAUCGAUUUUCCCUGGGUUGGUGAUUGACAGCAACGAGCCACUUGACCUGCUGAAAAUCCAAUCCAGACUCAGAAUAUUAGGCGAGCUUUUAAUCCAGUACAUUUCUACGCCAACUCCGUUUCCGGUGAAAGUGCCGUUGGCGAAGCUUGUUUCGAUCGGAGAUCUUCUGCUCUCCAUUAACCUGAAAUUUGUCAAUGUUAAGAGAGAGAUCAGAUCCACUGAAAUUAGAAGUGUUUUGAAAUUAUCGUCUGAGCGCAAUGCGUCUCUGGGAGUUCAAAUUUUCCGUGCUUUGAUCUCAUCUUUCAGAGGAGAGAUGUCGAUUCAUGCCAUGUCAAUUCUGGCAUCAUUGAACUCCAUAAUUCCAAUGACCAAGGCUCGAGGAAAUAAGUCCAAGGUUGAUGAUUCUCGGAUCUAUGAAUUGUCUGAGUUGAUAUUUCAGAUAAUUGAUUGUUCUUCCGAUGUUUUGGGCCUGUUCAACUGGGUCAAUGACUCUAACGUUAUAAAUGAUGUGGUGGAAGCUGGUCUGAUUCUUGCUAGACCUCCACCUGAAGCACAGUCUUCCAUUACCAAUGGCCCUUCAGGAAAGAACACGAAGAAGAACAAAAAUGGAUAUUCUGCUUCAUUAUCCGAUGCAAUGUCUCAUGGUUCUCUCUUUGUGUCUUCGAUAUCCACAGAAAACAGAAAUCUUUUGAGACGUUUUUUCACCCAGUCCCUGAGCACUUUUGUUCUGGCUGCAUCUAAGAGGACAGAGGUAAUAAACUAUACGCUAGUUGAUGCGGUAUCUCAUAUGGAUGAAUUACGGACUCCUUCGCUUGUUCCAAAAGACCUUGUUGAAUUGUUGAGAGCUGCAGUGGUUUUCCCUGAAGGACAGGGAAUGGUGUCUGUACUGCCCAUUGUUACUAGCCUCAUCGGUAAUGAUAACUUCGUGAGCGUCUUGGCCUCUCCAAGAUUUCCAUUACUUCCCCAGAGACAGGUUGUUAUUGCUGAGGCUAAUGUCGAAUCUGAAGAGUCCGACGAUGAAAUUGAGCAAUCUGCUGUUGAUGACGGUGAUGAACACAUGGACGACGCAGAAGAAUCACCAUUGAAAAAGCAGAAGACGAGGAGCUUCGAGGUUGAAGUGGCCCCGGUCCAGGUAACCGGGGCCAACGUACUUUCUAAACCUCUGAGUCCUGUGAUUUUACCUCAACAAAAAUCUCAAGAACCAGUUUUGGUUGAAGACACAAAAAUUGUCCAAGCAGACCCAAUAACGAAAGAGGCUGUCGCUGCAGCUGCAUCCGACGUGGAGUCAGACUUCGAGAUUCCAGAUAUAGUCAUGGAAUCUGACGAUGAAUAA